AUUUAUACAUUUGUGGAAAGCAGUUGAAUAUCUACACAAAAAUUACAGAUUUGUCCUAACAUCCAACUUUACAAAUCAAUACAAAAAUCUACCACUUAAAAAUCUAUACGAAUACUAAACAAUUAUUAAAAUCAAAAUGAUAACCUUAACAGUAGAUAACAUGGCCAAUACAAAUCCAUUAGAAACAGUGCAGCUUAUAUCUAUCUUUAGUUACUUCAACGCACUAAGUGAUUUUUUAUUCAUUGAAAAUUGUCUAUCAGAAGUUGAUCAAAACAAACAAAUAUCAGUUGUUAAUGCACUCUAUGAAUAUUUCCAAGUCCAUCAUGAUAAUCAAACAAAGAUACUUGAAUUAAUAAGAUAUUUGUUAAAAGGUAGCGAUUUAUACGGAGAAGAGGAGAAUGAAAAUCCUGACAUAAUUUUUGUGAACACAAUGUUUGAUUACAUUAUUAAGUCCCUUGUUUUUGACAAAUAUGGAAAUAUUUAUGGUUUUCUAGCUGAUGUUGUACAAAAAGCAAAAACGUUAGAAUUAAGUUUAAUAUACAGUGAAAUAAAGGUAAAUCUUGAGAAAGCAAUAUUUCAAAAUGAGUAUGGCGAACCAUCGACUCUUACUUCUUUAGCAGUGAAUAGAAUACUUACAGAUAUAAUAUUGCCUCUAUUUCCUGAACCAAAAACUGACCUUAAUUUAUUGUCUCUUGAUUAUAUUUAUGCACAAGCAGGAUUACAUUUUCUUCAACCUGGUAGAAUAAAUAAUAUAUAUUACACUAAUUUAGAAAAUAUUAACACUACUUUUUUGGAUCAAGAAAACAUAUUUGACGAAUACUUAACAACGGGACUUGUAUUAGAAAAUUCAUUUCAUAAUGAAAACAUAACAUUAUCAAGAUUGCAUGCUUUUGCUUUUCCUGCUCUUUUUCUUCAUGUGUCUAAAAAAUCUAAUGAAGUAGACAAUAUAAUAAAUACAAUUUUUGAUCCACAUUUCUGGAAAGCAACUUAUGAAAAUCUUUUUUCACAUUUACAUGCAACUAUUGAAAAAAUAGAUGAAAAAUUAAGAAAUGACACUAUUCAUCAAAUACAUACAGCGUUUUCAAAAUUUUAUAAUCCCUCAGCAAAAGCUGAAAUGUUUUUAGAGCGUCAUUGUAACUACAUGGACAAAAAAUUAAUGCAAUCAAAAAUUGCUGAAUAUUUAUAUCGUCCAGGAGACUUUCAAUGUAAUUCUGAUUAUAUGUUGCCAAAUCUAACUGAAGCAUUCAUGUACCAAGUGAAUGAAGUUAUUGAAGCCUAUAAAAUUCAUGAUUUGAAAUCAGUGAAACAAUCAUUUGGAAUUACUUUAUUAAGAUCUCUCAAAUAUGAUAAAGUAAUGAUACAAUUACUUGUUCCGGAUGAUAAAGUAAAAUUAGGUGUAUUUAAUAAUGAUGCGCGAAUACCAUUUGAUUUAUUUGUGUUUUAUUAUCCAGAAAACAAUAAUGCAGACUUUUAUGCAUUAAUGCGAGAAAAUUACACGACGACAUUAAUCAAAGAGGCUGAUAAUCCUGAAGAUUUUCAAAACAAAACUGGUAUUAGUGUUCAAUUAUUGCUAAGUCUUAGGUAUCAUCGAUUAAAUUUAAAAACAGUUGACCAAUCUAUAGAUGUAUUUUGGAAUGAAUAUAUGGCUUAUAAAGGACAAAGAUUAGAAUCAUAUCUAAAAUUUUGUAACAGCCAUUUGACAUUAGGUGAUUGGUGGAAGGAAUUUGGUUUACCAUUAGUACCGUUCUAUCCAUGCGUAACAAAAUCAGCAGAGAAAAAGAUUGGUGAUAUUGAUCCUUGCGAGAUUGAUGAUUUGGUAUUUUUUCACCACUUUAAUACAGAUAUAUCUUUAUUAUUGAUUCAACAAAGUACACAAACAUUACUUACUUCACUAGGUACUUCUUUUAAAACGAUAAUUUUGAAAAAUUCAAACCAAGAAAUAAUUAAUGCCAUAAACAAAAGGAAUAUCGAAAAUGUAGUGCCAUCUUACGAAGAAACAUCUGUAAGUGAAGUAUAUAAUAAAUUGGCAUUGCAUAUAGAAGAACCUGGAUUUCAAUUGACUUCUCUAACUGAAAAUUAUCUUGUUUGUUUAGAAGCAAUAACAUAUGUGUUACAAACUAAAAUUAAUCAUAGUUUUACAUCGCUUAAAAGAUUUGUACAAAAUAUAUAUUUUUUAAAUUUUAAAACCUUAAAACUAAUAAAGUUUGUGGAUGAUAAUACAAUCUGUUUUUUCUUCAUACAGUUUCAUAACUAUGCUGGAGGUAGUUACGCUUAUGGUUACAAAUAUUUUCAUUUAUCCUCUGGAAUAUUUUUACAAUUCAGAACUAAUUAUAAUGUAAACAAAAAAGUUGUUCUUUUAUUAAAUGAUAAUAAACCAAAUGUCAAGAAAACAUAUAAUAUUAUUAUGAAUAACAGUAUUGUGUAUGAAAAAGAAAACUGUAUAUUUGAAAUUACAAACCAAAUAAUAACAAGUGAUAAGAAAUUUAUGUUUUCAGGAAUAUCUAUUCACUCUUUGAAUUUUGAAAAAUGUGACAUUAGUAUAUAUAUUCAACGGCCAAUACCUUUAGUUGAGUGUCCAAGACAUGCCCGUCGCAUGCAAAAAAGGUGGAAUCUUGAUGAAGUUGUGGAAUUAGUAUUAAAAAAACAAAUGAAUCUCACAAGAAAUGAGAUUUUGAAAACAUUGGAAAAAUAUACAUUUCCGGAUGAAGGAAGGCUUGAUUUAAGAUUUAUGGAAGAUUGGACAAAUACUUCAGACUUAAAAAUACCUGAAUGGUCAGAACACUAUAUAAUAGAAAACCAUGCUCUUCUCUCGAAAUUAAGAUUCGAUUUACACCUCGAGAAUGCUAAUUUGUCACUCACUGAUGGUAUUCUUAAAAUUGAAUCAAUUUACACAUUUCGGGAAAAACAAAAAAUUGAAGAUGGAACAAAUCUAAAAAGUAUAAUUGAACACUACAAUUCUCAAAAUGCACGAUAUGUUACCACAUUUGAAGAUUAUUAUGCAAUUCGAAAUUUUGCACAAUCUGGAUAUACAAGAAUAACAGGAGAUACGAGGGAGGCAAAUUUUAUGAAAUUGGCUUUAUAUAAAUUAGCAAUAAGACAAUUUGACGAUCCAGAUGAUGAAUUUGAAAAAACAUUAUUUAGAAUUGAAUCGAAACCAAUAAAAAUCAUCAACAAAACAAUAUCUUCUAAACAAAUAUUUAUUAUGCAAAAAUUUACAACAAAUUAUUUAAAGGAAUCGUCUGCUAUUAAUUCUGCUAUGUUUCCAGUGGCUGGAUAUAAAAAUAUCUUGUAUGAGAUGAAAUUUAUUAAAACUUAUUUAAGAGCAAAAAUUGGACAGUUUUAUCAUUCAGAUGAAGAUGUAGCAAUUCUUUUGCCUGGAACUAAGUUUUCUGUUGGAAAAGUAAUUGAAACACGACUCCUUCAUUUAGGUGAUUGUUUAAGGGUAGAACUAAUGUAUGAUCAUGCAAGUAAUGAGAAAUAUCAAGGAUAUAAAAAUAUUAUGAAAGAAAUUACACAAAUUAUGCCUAAGAGUUGA